UUUCUCUCCUCUCUUCCCUUCGCCGGGAAGGAUGGUGUGCUCGUGCCUUGCCUUCCUGUGUCGGGGUGCACAGAGGACAACGCAGGUCAUGGAGGUGAAACAACCGGGCAACACCCUGAGGGGCGAAACCAUGGAGCUCGAUGCCCCGGGUGACACAACAGCUGAGGCGGCGCCGAUGAGUGCUGUGGUGCCCGUUGCAAAGCCCUUGCUCAGGAGCUACACCACGACAUCAAUGACAAGUUCGCCCUUGCGCCUCGUGCCGCCGGCCCCACGGCGUGGACGGCGGAUCUAUCCUGUGUGUGUUUGCAAUGGCUGCAGUGCAUCACGAGAUGGCCGUCCACCAGCAGAUGUCGGACGGUGCCGGAAAGUUGUUCAGAAGCCUCAGCCGCAAAGGUGACAGACACGGCCGGCAGAGACACAAGAGACACAAGACAGCGCUCUGUGUGUGUGCGCGCGUGCGUCCGUCUCAGGUAGCACGGCGACGGGCGAGGCGGUGAAGAAGCUGUCAUGCUUUGCGUUCGAUCCGCUGACCUUGAGGCAGAUUGAGGUCAGUCACCGCUGUCUGCACAGAAUACCAUACGCACCGAGACUCUCCUUCUCCCUUUUGCCUUCCUGCCUGCCUGAUUGCAGUUGGAGAUGGCGCCGGCAGUGAGGAAGAAGUGGAUGGUCUUCUCUGUCAAAAUUAUCAAGUAUGUAAGUAACGACUAUAAGUAACUAACGACAAUAAAGACCAAUUCGCGGCAGACAAGUCACGGUGGUUGCCUGCAGGGUCGUCUUGAGCACGGACCAAUACAGUCUCUAUCUCAUGGAGUGAGUGAGUGAGUGAGUGAGGGAGACAUGCAUGGCACGGCAUUGUGUGAGGGAGAUGCGCUGCGCAUGUCUGUCUGCCUGUGUGCACACAUGCUACAGGAAGCCCACUGGAUGGGUCUCAGGCUCAAGACCGACAAGGAGAAAGACAACCGGGACUUCGUCUUCCAUAACAUCGCCACAAAAGACAAGUAGGCAUCCAUACCGGGAGACACAUUUUAUUUGAUGACGUACACCCAUGACCGCCUGCCUUUCUUGGAAGACAGCAGUGGUGCACAGAACCCCAAUGUCGCCAUCUGCUCAACCCUGAAAAGCGAAGUCUAUGGCUGCACGACCCUGACGGCCUCAGCGGCAGACUGGCUCGCCAAUAAUGAGCUCACUGAGGACGACCUGCCCAGCAAAGUCAAAGCUGUCAAGAGGAAGGCAGAGGAGCAGAGAAACGAGGUCAAUGUGUCCAUUGCAGGUAUGUAGGGCUGCAAGUGCGACGCAUUCAUUCAUUGUGCGUAUGGGUGCUGUGCUGUGCUGUGCUGUGCAUGUGUGUGUCACAUCUGUGCAGCUACCGAUGAGGUGCAGUACUAUGCGGACAGCACCAGCAGCCGCACAUCCAGCACCGCCGGCCUGCCGCACCAGCCGACCCACACCCGCCCUAGCAGCAACAGCAGGAGACAGCUGGUUGGUAUGCACACGCAGACCACAGACGACCUCGGCAGCGCAAUCGCCACACAGGCAACUGCUGGGCUGCUGGGCUGCUGGAUGGAUGGAUGCCCUCUCUCUCUCUCUCCUUCGCUCCCCUUUUAUCCGCCCCUCUGCAGAUACGCAGGAGUCUCUCUCGCACGUCAAACGGGGAAGCCGACGAGGGGGCACAGAGCGAUGAGCCACCGUGCAACUUGAGCAUCGAUAGGGAGAGGGCAGAGACACCGGCGGCCCUCAAGUCGUCAUUGAAGCAGCUGGAGAGGGGCUUGAUUAAGAGGCCUUUUCUGCCGUGGGUGGAUGACCCGCCCGAGUUUCCCAGGAUGGCCGAAUCGUCAGGCUUCAAACGGGUCUUCAACACCUCUGACACAAGUAAGGGUGUGGUGCGUGCGUGUUUGCUCAUGUAGGUAGGAGAUGUCUGGCCCCCAACAUUUGUGUGUGUGGGUGGAUGUAUGUAUGUGGUUAUGCAGGCGAGGUGAAGAAGCAGGCGCAGUCUGCCCCCGCCUGACGGAGAGGCAGCACCAACGCCGCAAAACAACAGCACUGAAAGACAGACAGACAGACAGACCUACUUGGCUGGACUGGACGUGUGUAUGGGUGUGCGCCGCUCUGCACUGGUGCGUAGCAAUCAGAAUGUACAGCGUGCAGUAGACGGGUUUUAAAGGGGAUGCAGCGUCGGGCAUGUAUGGCCUGCAGGUAGAUCGACGGAGAGGCAGGCAACCGUGGAAGGUACAUACCAUUUGCUUUGCUGCGUAGAACAGAGUAGCCAGACUGCGUGUGUUGUGUGAGAGAUACAAUGUGGGGUGAUCACAUUUAUU